GAGUUCGAAUGAUUAAGUACAGCAACGUGUAUUUUGUAAUUAAAGUUUUUCUCAAAUUAAAAAUUAGAUUUAAACGUCUAACUGUCAUUUGUAACAAGUAAAAUUUCAGCUACCGUGAGAAUUUGCUCCACGAAAAGCAAUUAGCUAAUAAAACGAUGUUUAAACGUAAUUCAAGAAGACAUGUCGUCGUAUCGGGCCCGAAGAAUAUACAUAAAAUGCACAGCGCCACUAAAUCGGGAAUUAAAAAAACAUUUUUGAAUUAUGGACACGAUUGUACGUUAGAAGGAAUAUCGGACGAUUACGAUAUCGAAUACGCCCCCGGAGAUUCACUUUUGGCUCGAUUUAGACGAUGGUUGGUCAGAAUGAGAGUCGUUUCCGAAACGAGCAAAUUGUACACCCACCAUUUGAGAAGUUUCGGCGCCAUUUCGGCGGAAAGAAGAAGACAAUUGAAGUUUUAUCCUUACGCCAUACACCCGUUUAGUUUAGGCAGAAUCGUUUGGGCUGGAAUUAUGAUGGUGGUUAUAUUGUAUCAGUUCGUAAUAACUUCGUUUUUGUACAUUUUAUUCGAUUUUCGAGAUCCCAAUUUUUCUUUCGAUCCCAUUUUGAAUAUAUUCCGGUUGUUUUUCGAUUCUUUUCUAAUACUGAACGUAUUGAUGAACUUUUUUACGGGUUUCUACGACGAACCGAUGCAAAAGGUCAUGUUGGAUUUCCCGUCAAUUUUUAAACAUUAUUUAAGGACCAAUCUCAUCCCCGACGUACUGUCUUCCUUUCCGACGUACGUCGAUAUUUUUUAUAAAAUGAAUACCAAACAGAUGGCCAUCAUUUUGUGGUUGACUAUCUUCAGGUUUUUAUUGAUAAGGACAUUUACGGCGUAUUCGAAAAUAUUAGCCAACUAUUUUCAAAUUAAUCAUUUUAAUUAUAUGACCGCGAUGGUAAUAGUGUAUACGAUUUUGUUUUGGCACGUGAUGUGUUGCGUUAUUGAAUUCAUAAGAUCGAAUAUUGUCUAUUACAAUAGAUUCGAAGCGUUCUACGAUACCUCCGAAACGGGUUAUCACCUCAACGACGUAGUCUGGAUAAAAUACAUAAAUUCGCUGCAUCACAAAUCCCUAUUACUUUACAAUUCGGGAUACGGCAAAACAAUACCGAAAACCGAAUUAGAAAUUAUAUUGAUUUAUUUCGUAUGGUACGGAUCCAGUUUGUUCUGUAUAUAUAUUUUAGCGAUGAUCAUGGAGAUUAAUACCGGCAAAACGUCUUCGGCUUUGAAAUACGACGCCAUGGAAAGGCAGCUCAAGGAAUACAUGAGACACAAACAAUUACCGACGCAGAUGCGCGCCAGAAUUUUAACUUAUUACGAAUUCAAAUUCCAAAAGAAAUAUUUUAGAGAAAACGAAAUUUUAUCGACGAUAUCCGAACAACUGCGGCAAGAAAUGAAUAUGCACGCUUGCAAAAAGUUGGUGGAGAACGUGACGUUUUUCAGAAAUUUGCCUUUAAAUUUAUUAGUAAGAAUAAUUUCGUGUUUGAAAAUAGAAGUGUUCCUCGUAAACGACGUUAUAAUAAGAGCGAAUACGCCGGGCGUUAGUAUGUAUUUCAUAUCGACCGGUACCGUGGCGAUAUACACGAAAUCCGGAAAGGAGGUUUGUCAUCUCGAAGACGGCGCCCAUUUCGGGGAAAUAGCGUUGCUGAUCAAAAAUACGUUUCGGAUAGCUUCCGUGGUAGCGGUGGAAGUUUCCGAAAUAUACAGGCUGGAUCAGAAGGAUUUCGUUAAGGCGAUCAAUCCGUAUCCAGAUCUGUUGGCCAAUAUUCAACAUAUAGCCGAAGAACGGAUGGAAGUUACCUCGAUGUUGGACGAGUAUAAUAAAAGAGAAAUUACCAGCCAAAGAAGAGACCUUCUUUAAUUAAGUAUCAAAUCGUAUUUUAUUUGAGUGUAGAAAAAAAUAUAUUUACGUGGUAAAUUAAAUU